UAUGGAACUUGAUCCAUGCAGGCAGACUACCACUUAUGGAUCAGUAAUCAUGAUUUGGCUUCAGCAAUCCGCAAUUUACCUAUAUGACGAACUUUCACUAUUCUCAUCUCAUUAUGCUAGUGGAUAGUCAUCUAUAAUCUUCGUCUUCUCAGGUUGGAUCGAAACUUCUUAGCUUCUGUACAAGCGCAAUACCAGCCCGCAUACCAGUCCAUCCAUGAAAAAGUGGAAAGCGUAAUCCGCAGAAUAUUUCAAAUGCUGAUAAAAACAAUUUAAACCGCAACAUUUAAGCAAAUAGGUUAAGCUGUGCCAUUUGCUAGUUUUCGCUCUGUACAUGGAUAUAGAGCGAAAAAAAAUUUCGAAUAUAAUAUUUUGACGUUAGGAGCAAUAAGGUGAGACGCGGCGAUAAGACUUUUACCUAGGCGCGAAAAGCUGAAAAGUCUUUCCCAUGAGAGAAAGAUAGAGAGAAAGGAACGGGAACGGUGAAGCAAGGCGAGCCGGUGAUCGCGUAGUGGGAUCAACAAAGUUACCUGGAUCGACAACAGAUACUUUUCUCGGCAGUAACCAUCAAGACACCAUGACGACACGAUCACUCGCAUCGUCCCCAACGCGACCGUCGGCUAUCGGUCUAAUCGCCGCGCUUCUUCUUAUUGUGGCAGCACAAAUAUGUAGCGGAGCGUAUUAUGGCAAACUGAUCGGUAAACUGUCUGAACUUCAUCAUGGCGUGAGUGGCGAAGUCUAUGCUGUCGAUACAAGGACAUUGUAUAUCAAGGAUUUCACUUACGAUGGUGAAGGUCCCGCUGCCUUCUUUUAUGCCGGAAGUAGCAAGAGUCCAAACAGCAAUGGAUUCCGAGUUCGAGAUGAGCACGGAACCACGAACGUCCUUAAGCGCUACCGGAAGAAGGAUAUCACACUGACCUUACCGGACGGCAAAACCUUGAACAACAUCAAAUGGUUUUCGGUCUGGUGCGACGAAUUCUCAGUAAACUUUGGUGAUGUCAAAAUACCACAAGGCUUCGAUUACCCAAAAUCGCAAAAGUUAAAGGCGUUAAAUGGCAUACAUGGUGUCAGUUCAGAACCUAUUGUUAUCGUAGAUGCUCAAACCCUUCUGAUACCUAGUUUCAGCUACGAUGGAGAAGCUCCUGAUGCCAAGUUCUGGGUGGGUCCCGGUCCGUCACCUACCUCGCAAGGCAUCCGAGUACCCGAUGAGAACGGGAAGGAGCAGCCGAUGCGUCGUUAUGAUCGCAAAACGAUAGUCCUGACAUUGCCGGGUGACUUAACCGUCCAUCAGCUCGGCCAUUUCGGUGUAUGGUGCGAAGCCUUCGCGGUGGACUUUGGCCACAUACAAAUUCCGCAGAACCUGAACGUGCCGCCUUCUCUCAAAAUGCUGGGGGUUUCGCCGCAAUCGAAACUGAACUGCGAAGUUCUCGAGGACAGCUUAGCUUUUGAGGUACGAUGGGCAGUGGCCGGAGAUAGCAUAGUUAUUCAGCUCGUAGCAAAACUCGACGCUGGACAAUACAUGUCUUUCGGAUUAUCCACAAACAAGGAAAAGAGCGUAAUGAUCGGCGGCGACGUCGCCGUAGCCUGGGUUGACAAGCAAACAUUACAAGGGUACGCCAUAGAUUAUUUCUUAGAAGGAAAAUCUCAGUGCUCAGGACGUCGUGGUAGCUGCCCAGAUACGCGUAUUCAGGAAAACACACAAUCGGUGCGAUUGCUGAAUGCUGCGAUAGUGAAUGGCUACAGCAUUGUUAUGUAUCAGAGACCGCUGAAAGCGAGCGACGAAUUGGAUCUCCCGAUACUGACGAAUAGAUCGCAAGCGGUGAUCUGGGCCAUCGGGCCAUUAAACGAGAGGCAGGAGGUCAGUUUUCAUCACACCGCUUAUUUGAAGACCGAUCAGUUCAUUGAGUUCGGGAGACCACCCGCGUGGAAUUGCCCUAUGCCUGAGCAGGAUCAAGCUUUAUCUUAUGGUGACAUUAAUGGAACGCAGUUGACUAUUACUACAAGAAGACCUCAACGUGUACCGGCGACUCCUGCACCGGCGCCUACGAACGAUGCUUGGGAAAUACCACCGAUUCAGUGUUAUGAGCCUGAAGACGGCAUAUUUUAUGCACAGAUGGGACCCACCGGAGGAAAACACGGUUACCCAGCCAUUACUGGACACGUCGGCUGGGGAAUCUCCUGGUACAUUAACGGACUGCUGAUACCCGAGAUUAACGUGGUGCGCGGCAAGAAAUACACUUUCGUCGUAGAAGCUGGCUCAGAUCCUGACACGCCAGCGCGUUAUCACCCGUUCUAUAUCACGGAUGACCCAGUGGGCGGCUACCAGCAUAAAACGCCCGAGGAGAAAGCGAAAGUAAAGAUAUUUGCCGGCGUGCGCCGACAACGCGGCACAGUUCGUCCUACGGGAGUAGGGCGUCUUUGUAAUUGGUUACCAGACCAAAAUCAACCACACGCGGACGAAUUCGCUUCCUUCGGAGCUUAUCAGCGUACUUUAGUUCUCGAAUGCGAUCAUGGUGAACCUGGAAUUGUUGAAUGGAUACCAGAUGAAAAUACGCCCGACACGGUAUAUUAUCAGUGCUUCACGCAUCGUUAUUUAGGCUGGAAAAUCAACGUUCACGAUAGCUGUGACGUCGACGAGGCGUCGGCAGGCAGCGAGAAGCAUGAGGUUUACGCGAUACCGCAGGAUCAGAGGCCGGCGAAGGAUCAGGAUCUAGAGUACAGCGCCAGUAUAGCCGUAGCGAGCAAGAUCACCAACGACCAUUGAGUCAAGGAUCAAAGCUGCCUUACGCGGCGGCCAGCAUGCAGCAGCUACCGUACACCCGAGCGCCGCAUCAUUACGCGAGCAAUUACCAUCACUACGUGCGCCAUCAGCUUCCGCCUCAUCGUUAUCAUCAUCAACCCGAACAAAGGACCCAACUGAUGAUCAUCCGACGCCCGAC